AUGCGAGGAGAAGGCGCCACGUGUGGGCCUGUGUUCACCGGGGGGCGGGCGCUUUGCGCCGCCCCACAAAUUAAUAGAUCCCCACCAGAUGGUUUAUUGACAUCGGGCUAUACUAAGCACGAUGUAGACUUGGAUCCGGUCAUCAUCCUGCCAGAUCCACUCGCAUCGCGUGCUUGUACCGAUGACAUAUUUUCUCAAUUACAUCCACUUCUGCUAGUCUCGAUUGAGGGACUACCCACGAUGUAUAAGGGUGAAGAUGAAUCAUCGUCUGCUUUAAAUGGAAGAUUGAGACCUCGAAAAUCAAAUGGCAGCCCCCAUAAAAGCAGCCCAAAUAAAAUCUUGCGGAAAUCAGAUGGUAUAAACACACAAGACAAACCUAAAAGAAACUGCACUCUUUCCAAAGCGUCGCCUGACAAAACGGAUGAUCUCGUUAACAAGUCUGAAAAUAAUAGGAUUCGCAAGAAGAUGCGUAAAGAUAUGCGGACUGGACAGGCAAAUGACAAAAAUCAUAUAAGACCAAGACCAAAAUGCAAAUCGGAAGUUGGUGACGCUGAAACAAUACGCAAGAUGUUGGCAGAUCUACCAGCUAAGCGCCACAGGGUCGUGAACCACAUAUUGCAAAAUCAAAUCAGGAAGAUAAAAUUGGACAGAGAGACAUUCCAUGCAAAUGAAACAGAUGACCCCAACGACGAAGCUGAUGAACCAACACCUGCACAGGCGGAAGACGAGAGGAAGCAAGGAGAUGACCAUGUUCCGAGGGACGCCUCACCAUCGCCACCGAAAAAACCCGGAAAACGUGGAAAUAAGGUGACGAAGAAAAAGAAGACAUCAAGGGCAACUUCGAAAAUAACAGUACUGGAUGAAGUACUGGCCGGCGCUAAUAAAACAGUAAGAGAGCAGCAGCUUUCACGGCGAAAUCUUAGUCGGGAUCAAGCUUUAUUCAUAGACUGUUGUGAGCUUUUAAAAGAAUCACAUAAACCGGAUCUGUCUACUUCUGAAAAUGUAACUAUAACUAGUGACGUCAAUAGAAUCUCUACUACUUCAGAAACUCCAGUUGCAGAAACUAGUGGUACGAGUAACAGCGAAGGAAGAGGUGAGAGAAGAAAUGACGGUGAUGUGGAUUCAAUUACUGCAAAAAUUAUUCUAGAAAGUGAAGAAGUCAGAAAUUUAGAAAAUGAUUUGAUAUUUGGUUUAAAGGAAGCAGCGGCAAAUUCGAUAUCAAACACAGGUAAUGAUAAUGAUCCACAACCCUCAGUAAGUGAGAUAAGAUCAGAUCAAAUUAAAGUAGGGAAUGCUAUAACUAAGACACCUGUACCCAAACCACAAUCGGAACAAUUACAAUUUUCCGAAAAAAUAACUGAAGAAUUUAGUGUAUCAAAACCUAAAAAAAAUCAAGAGCCGAAGGAUAAAUUACACCCAGAUGUUAUUGAAUCCAUUGAUAUAUUUGAAGAUAAAUUUGACAAAAUUAAAAGGAAAUGCAGAUCUCAAGCGGCAGCUGCUAAGCAAGUUAAGCCUGUAGUAGAACCAAGUUUAAGUCAAAGGGGGCGGAAAAAAUCCGAUAAGAAAAAGGGCAAAAAAAAUUCUAAAACUUGCCAUUAUACUAUACCGACGAAAGGGGCAUUAAAAGUUUUUGAUGAUAACGCCAACGAUUCAGAUUGUGGUCCGGAUAAUGUAGACAAUGCAGGAUCUGACGAUGCCGGAGUUGCCCGACAAAGGGUUCGUCGAAAAUGUACAGUUGGGAAACAAAAUGUUUUGGCUGAGUCUUGGAGCUCAGAAUCAGAUGGCUGUCCAGCUCGCCCUAAUAGCGCUGAAUCCGUGAUAUCGCCAAACGGUCGAAAGAAGAAAUCAAGGAAAAGAGAAGGACAACUAUACGCUACUCGUAGGGCCCGCCAGAUGCCGAUUAAGAGACAAGACGUGGAAGCUAGAGUUGCUAUAUUUAAACGAAGCAGAUCCAGAGCUAGCAGUGGCAGCGGUGAGGUGAGCCGUGCUAGCAGCAGCGGUGUAGGCACAAGCAGCACGGCUAAUAUGCCGCCCGGUGCCAAACCUUUACGUCGUCCUUCCGGCUCCAAGGCACGCUCGCGCUCCACCGCCUACUUCUGGUCAUCAGAUGGUGAAGAGGAGCAGGAACAUUUGCAGCAGCAUGGCUGGAUCGUUGGUGAUAGUCAUAAGAAGUUGGUUACGAUGUUGGCGCACGCUAAGGGACGCAAGCGCAACCAUGAUGACAAGCGACAUAAUGUCGAG